GCAAGAGCGUCCGGAGUCGGGCGGCGAGUUGUUAGUGGGAGCGCUGUGGCUUGUCUCGUGCUUUCGCUGGCGCCCGUUAUAGCAGCUGCGUAGUCGCUGCGCGCGGGGCCGCUGAAGCGAAGACCGGAGGCUUCGCAGAGACCCGCGGGCCGACUUACCGGGGCGCCGCCGCAGAGAGAGAGAGAGAGAGAGAGAGAGAGAGAGGAGAAGGAAAAGGAAAGCGCUUCCUCACAGAGCGAGGAGCAGGAAGCUGCUUGGAGUAGAAGUUUGGCUGGACCUGCUGUCGCCGCCGCCUUCGCGGGAAGGAAACUUUUCUCGAGGGGCCGGAGGUGGAGGCGUCGCCGCCGCCGUUAUAGCAGCCGGGGCUGGGCUGGGCUGCUCCUCGCCAGACUUGGGGGCUUCGUGGGGACUCGCGGGGGCUUCUCCGGCCCUGGCCAGGAUGUACCUGGCAACGAUCUCGGCGGGGCGAAGGCGCCGAGGUGUCGGCGGCGGCUGGCACCUGGAGGCGGGGUGGCUGCUGUUGCUGGCGCUGCUGCUCUUGGGGGAGUCCGGGACGCGGGCGUUCGUCUGCCUGCCUUGCGACGAGUCCAGGUGUGAGGAGCCCAAGAACUGCCCCGGCGGUGUCGUGCUGGACAUCUGCGGCUGCUGCUUCAUGUGUGCCCGGCAAAGGAACGAGAGCUGCGGGGGCUUCUUCGGGCUCCACGGAGCUUGCGACCGGGGGUUGCGCUGCGUGAUCCGCCCUCCGCUUAACGGAGACUCGCUCACGGAGUACGAAGCGGGCGUCUGUGAAGAUGAAAACUGGGAUGAUCAGCUACUUGGAUUUGAGCCUUGCAAUGAAAACCUCAUAACAGGCUGCAAUAUAAUCAAUGGAAAAUGCGAGUGUGAUACUAUUAGGACCUGUAGUAAUCCCUUUGAGUUUCCAAGCCGGGAUACUUGCCUCUCAGCUUUAAAAAGGAUUGAAGAAGAAAAACCUGACUGCUCCAAAGCCCGUUGUGAAGUACAGUUUUCCCCUCGCUGUCCAGAAGAUUCUAUUUUGAUUGAAGGUUAUGCUCCACCUGGUGAAUGCUGCCCUCUUCCUAGCCGCUGUGUGUGCAACCCUGCAGGAUGUUUGAGGAAAGUUUGCCAGCCAGGCUAUUUGAAUAUAUUGGUUUCUAAAGCAUCGGUUAAACCAGGGGAAUGCUGUGACUUCUAUGAAUGUAAACCAGUGUUCAGCGACUGUAGUACAGUGGAAUGCCCUCCUGUUCAGCAAGUUGUUUGUCCCUUGGAUAGCUAUGAAACCCAAGUCAGGCUGACAGCUGAUGGAUGUUGUACUCUUCCUACAAGGUGCGAAUGUCUCUCUGGUUUAUGUGGUGUUCCAAAAUGCGAGGCAGGCUACAUCCCCCAAAUAGUGUCGCGUGGAGACGGAACACCUGGCAAGUGCUGUGAUGUCUUUGAAUGUGUCAAUGAAGUGAAGCCAGCUUGUAUAUUUAACAGUGUGGAGUAUUAUGAUGGAGAUACAUUUCGAAUGGAUGAAUGUCGGUUUUGUCGGUGCCAAGGUGGUGUCUCCAUUUGUUUCUCAGCACAGUGUGGUGAGCUACAUUGUGACAGAUACUAUGUACCAGAAGGAGAAUGCUGUCCAGUGUGUGAAGAUUCUGUUUCUCUAGUUAAUAACCCUGCUGGCUGCUAUGCUAAUGGCCAGAUUCAAGCACAUGGUGAUCGCUGGAGGGAAGAUGAUUGCACAUUCUGUCAGUGUAUCAAUGGAGAAUCCCAUUGUGUUGCUACAGCCUGUGGACAGAGCUGCUUAAAUCCUGUUAAAGUGCCUGGGGAAUGCUGUCCAAUGUGUGAAGAACCAACUUACAUCACCAUUGGCCCACCCACAUGUUAUCCUCUGGUGAACUGUACAAUAACAGAGAAAGAUUGUAUCUAUGGCUUCAAAGUAGACCAAAAUGGUUGCCGUAUCUGCCAAUGCAAAACAAGAGAUGAGUUGUGUACUGACCUCAUGUCAGGUUGUUCCUUGGAUUGUGCCUUCGGUUUCCAGACUGAUGUCCACAACUGUAAGAUCUGUCAGUGUCGUCCACGUCCCAAGAAGUGCAAACCCAUAGUAUGUGACAAGUACUGUCCAUUUGGAUACUUGAAGAACAAGCAUGGAUGUGAAAUCUGUCGGUGUCAAAAAUGUCCAGAACUUUUAUGUGAUAAGAUCUGUUCAUUGGGCUUCCAGCAGAACACUGAAGGGUGUCUUAUCUGCAAAUGUAGAGAAUUGCCAGCUACUGUAAUUCCACCAGCAAAGGCAGGUUCUUGUCUGUCAGUGGAUGGGCACCGUCAUGAGAAUGAGGAAAGUUGGCAUGAUGGCUGCCGUGAAUGUUACUGUCAUAAUGGAAGGGAGAUGUGUGCUCUGAUCACCUGCUCUGUACCUAACUGUGGCAAUCCCACCAUACAUCCAGGGCAAUGUUGUCCAUCAUGUCCAGAUGAAUCCACUGUGCAGAAGCCAGAACUCAGUGGUCCAACCAUCUGCUAUGUUCCUGGAGGGGAGUAUUUUGUGGAAGGAGAUACAUGGAAUAUUGAUUCCUGCACACAGUGUACCUGCCAUAAUGCACGGGUUUUGUGCGAGACAGAAGUCUGCCCACCUCUUCUUUGCCGAAAUCCCACCCGUACUCAGGACUCAUGCUGUCCACAAUGCCCAGAUGAGCCUGUUCAGCCUUCCUCCUCAAGCAAUGAGAGUAUGCCCAGUUACUGCAAAAAUGAUGACGGUGACAUUUUCCUGACUGCGGAGUCUUGGAAACCCAAUGUUUGUACAAGUUGCAUUUGCAUGGAUGGUGAAAUUAGUUGCUAUUCUGAGUCUUGCCCACCAGUGUCCUGUGACAGACCUGUUUUGAGAAAGGGACAAUGUUGUCCUUACUGUAUAGAAGACAUAACAUCAAAGAAGGCAGUAUGUCACUUUAAUGGAAAAACAUAUGCAGAUGAAGAACGUUGGGACAUUGACAGCUGCACGCACUGCUACUGUCUGCAGGGUCAGACCCUUUGUUCCACAGUCAGUUGCCCUCCUCUUCCAUGUGUGGAACCCAUCAAUGUGGAAGGAAGUUGCUGUCCAAUGUGCCCAGAGAUGUAUGUACCUGAACCUACUAACAUCCCGAUUGAGAAAACAAAUCAUCGAGGAGAUAAUGAAUUUGAAGCACCAGUUUGGCCUACACCCAGUGAAAAUGAUAUCAUUCAUAUCCACAGAGAUAUGGGUCAUCUUCAGGGAGAUUACAGAGAAACCAGAGGAUCACAACCAAGUUCAGAAGCAUCUCUUAGUUCGCUUGCCUGGGUUACAGUGCCCAUCAUGACAGCCCUCGUUCUUAUAAUAGCACUUCUACUUGUUAAUCAGAAAAAGCAGUGGAUACCAGUAUCCUGCUAUAGAGCUCCAACAAAGCCUUCCUGUCUAAACAAUCAGCUAGUAUAUGUGGACUGCAAGAAAGGAACCAUGGUUCAGGUGGACAGUUCUCAGAGGAUGCUCAGAAUUGCUGACCCAGACUCAAGAUACAGUGGAUUCUACAGCAUGCAAAAACAGAACAACUUACAGGCAGAUAAUUUUUAUCAAACAGUGUGAGAAGCUGCAAUAUUACCAAGAAGUUAAGAAGAAACAAAGACUGAAUCUGCUAUAAAAAUAAAACUAGAAUUGUGCACUUGCUUAGUGGAUUGUAUUGGAUUUGUGACUUCAUGUACAGCUCUAAGACCUUGAGAUGGGCUCUGACUCCUGCAUUGUGCCAGAACAAGCAUUCCCACUUCUCAUUGCGAUAACUGACCAAGUGUUUUAUUAGAACCAAAGUUUUAAAACUUGUUAAGAUGUUUUGCUUGUAACAUAGUAGUAGAGAUUGUUUGGGAAGGGGAAAUUGGGGUUGAGCUUGAGUGGUUAGAGCAGGAAGCCUCAGAGAAGAGAAGUUGGUCAUGUUAACUUGGAGUCAAAGCAAAUAAGAAUAUAGCUUUUUCCUAUCACUCCAAAAUUGCAUUUAUUGCAGUGAAGUUUAAGCAUAAAACUAUCUGAACUCAAAGUCUGGGUUUUUUCAGCUGUGCUACAAAAAUAUACUCCUAGGAGAGAACGUGUCACAUCACAAGUGUGGUGUAGCUGUAACUAUGUUUUUCUAUGUGAUCAUAAGCUGCUACAGCUAAUGACAAAGCAAGGAAAACAUUAAAGCAGAAAUAACUAAGGGUGAGUUUAUUGAAGAUGUGUACAAUUAUACGUUGUGCUGCUUUUUGUUUUUCCUUUUGAUCCUGAUUGUCCAGAUUUUGGCAAUUAGCAAAUGGCUAAGGCCUAUAUAAUUCCUGAUAUGAGCACUGGAUCUUUUGACAACAGUAUUGAAGAGGGAGAGAGAGGAAGGAAAAGGUAAAAACGCCAUCUGAUUCCAGAAUGUGUGAGAGUGUGUGUGUGCGUUUUCUUUUAUCAUUGUAUUCACAAUUUCAGAUGGUUCAAAUAUCUUUCAUUGGAGGAUAAGAAUAAGAUUGUGUUGAAUGAAGAUCUUGCUCAAAUUGGUGGUGUUGUUUUUAACCCUUUUAAGGUUUUGUUCUGUUACUUACUGAUUAUGCGGACUAGAAACAACUUCCAUGUUUGGAAGCUGCUUAAUUUUAAUUGUAUAUUACUCAAGCACCUUUUGGAAGCUCAGAAAGAAAGAUCAUGCUUCUUUAAAACUUUAGCUUUAUAGAAAUAUUUAUGUAAAUAUAGUUAUGCUAAAAACAAAGCAUUUGUAUGUCUGUGUGUAUAUAUGUGUGUAUAUAUAAAUAUAUAUGUACAUAUGUGUGUAUAUGUAUAUAUGUGUUUAUACAUAUACACAUAUAUACACACUAUAUGUGUGUGUGUGUAUAUAUAUAUAUGUAUAUAUACAGUAUAUAUAUGGUAUUUAUAUAUACAGUAUAUAUCAGUAUAAUUUUAUAUUUUUCCCUGUUGAAUGUAUUUUUAACUGAGAUUUUAUCCAGAGCAGACUCAAACAGGCAUUCCAUAUUAUUGCUUGAUCAUUGUAAGAGUAGGAAAGACGAGAGCAUCUCAUUCUACCUGCAGUUUUAUUUGAUUUGAAAGUGUGAGUGUGCAAGUGUGUGUGUGUGUGUGUCUGUGUGUCUGUCCCCUUGUGUUUGCAUAUGUGUAUACCGUAUGUGCACAAUUUUAGCAGUAAGCAUUACUCUUGCUACUUGCUACAUUUCAGGGUGUGUGUUUUUUUCCUGCAUGGCCUUAAAAAGGCCAUUAAUUGAUCACAUUGGCUAGAAACACUGAUAACAUACAGGCAGCACUAAUCAGUUCCGUGAAAUAACACCAAACACACUUGGAUAUAUUUGAAAACAGUUGUUUGAAACAACUACUGGAAUGCAAUCCACAACUAGCUGGAGGUUUGUUGCAGCUUGACUCAUAACUGUAUCAUACAACAUUAACUUUUCCAAACAGGUCUUGGCACUUUUAUACUAACUGCCCAUUUGUGUGUUGCCUUUUUUCUUUUACAAUUGCUUGUCAUAAGACACAGAUACCCAGUAUGCUUAAUGUGAAAAGAAAAUGUAUUUUUUGUAAAGGAACUCUCAAGUAUUGUUGUAAAUACUUGGUCAGAGGUUACUGAACUUUAAAACUGAAAAACCUAAUUUAUUAUAUGACCUAAUUUAUUAAUCCGAAGAUUAACAAAUGUUUUGUUUUAGAAUAUCAAAAAGUGUUCUAGCUGUCCGCAUCAAAGAGAAAAAUAUGUGUAUCAUAAAGGCUCAACAUUUUUUCUGUUAAUGAAUUGUUUCCAGAAAAGAAAAAAUGUAGUUCCCCUAGCAUUUUAUACUCAGUAUGACAACACGGAAACAAAAGUUGCAGUCCAAUUAUACCCCAGAUUCUGUCAAGACAAAUCAUCCAUUCCUUUCAUAAGAGUAAGCAGUCUUUAUCCAGAAAUUGUAAAUGCUUGCUUUUGUUUUACAAUCAGGGCCAUAUUCUGAAAAAUAUUAGCAGGAUAUAGGACAUGGUGUAAAAUGUUUUUAUUUUAUUAUUAUUAUUUUAUUAUUAUUAUUAUUUUGAAGAUAUUAUUUAUCCUAUGUGCUGUAUUCAUUACACUCUUUUACUUUGGUUCCUGUUGUGCUCUUGUAAGAGAAAUGCAGAUAUGAUUUCCUGAAAAAUACAAAAGACAUACAUGGCACUUGGAGUGCAAUGCAAUUUGGCAGAUUGCUUGUUUACUUUUUAAAAUGUAAGACGGUUUCUUGUAAUUUGGCUCUUGGCAGCACAAUAAAAAUUAACUUGAUGAACUUUUUAUAA